UUCUCUAUUGUUUAUCUUGGUCUUCUUUUUUAUAUCUUUCCCCUUUCUCUUUCCCUUACUCCACCAAUGACAGAUAUUGAUACUAGUAUUACUCUUGAACCUCAAUCAGAAGCCGAACAUCCUCUUCAACCAAUUGUGACACAGGAAGAUGCCACAUUAGUUGAAGACAGAUCUUUAUUAAAUAGUCAAAACCAACCUAAUCUAAGCCGAGCUGCUUCAGACGCAACCACAAGUGAGCCAGCUAGUGCUUUACAUACCAAGGGCUUUCAAAAUACAACUGAAUCUCAACAAGUGCAAGAUCUAACAGUGAAUGGUACCCUUCCUACUUGGCUUAUCAGUGAACAUUAUACCAUCGGUCCUGGGGUUUAUGAUAUAAAAUAUACAAGGAAAAUAGAAAUAGACGGUAUCCUUCAGAGUGCAACAGCUACUUUUACUCUUGGCCAUUGGUUUGAUGCUCUUCCUUUAGUAAACAGAUUUGAUUUUAAUGGAGAAAGGAACACAAUUACAUAUCGUCAUCGUUUACCAACAAAACGUCUCAUUGAAAAAAUUCGUGAUCACCAUGGAUACGCACCCAACUUCCCUGCAGGUCUGUUCAAGACGAACCCUAACCAAACGAUGCUCAUCAAACUGUUAAAUAAUGGUAAAAAAUUAAAACCUGACCGUGUUCCUUGUGGUCAACGUAUGACGACACAAAUGCCUGGUCUCGAUGGACUUUUAUUUUGUCAAGACUUUGCUAAUCAUAUUCAAGAACUAGAUUCAUUUGACCUGAGUCCUUCUCGUAUUCAGACUUGGGAUGAGGUCAACCCUGAUUUUAAAGGGUACAGUUCUUGCCCUAAUGGACAAAUUGAUCAUGAGACGGGUGAAUAUAUCAACUUUACAAUGGAAAUUGGUUAUCGAACGACCCGAUACCAUUUCUUUUCUGUAUCAAAGGAAGAACCCAAGGGACAUGUGAUUGCCUCCAUCUGGAAUGCACCUACAGGUUGGGUUAACGGAUUUGCCUUGACAUCAAAUUAUAUCAUCAUGGUCAUUCAUCCUAUGCUGGCCAAUUCGGGCGCUGUUCGAUUCGCAUGGAACGAAAGUGUCCUCGACUCAUUCACCUUUUAUCCUUCAGAACCUACCCUGUUCUAUGUUAUCUCUCGUGCAGACAAGGACGUCAUUGCUUGUUAUCGAUCUAGUGCAUGCUUCUCCUUAAACCAGGUGAAUGCUUAUGAAGAUGUACAUGGCAAUGUUGUUCUGGAUUUAGUAUGUUAUGAAGACGACAAGAUCGUUCAUCAGUUGUCCACAGAAAAUCUGCGAGACCCCAACAUGGACCGCUUGCCACCCUCUGAAAUCAGGCGAUUUGUGCUAAGCAACCCUCGACAGGAAGCAAGCAAGAUUUAUCUGGCCAAUAACUCCUAUAUCCCAUCAACCGUUGGUAUUACUUCUCGUAUAGGUUCUGUUUGGAACUAUGUCACAGGCCAGUCUCAUCUUCCGGAGAAUGCAACAGGAUCAAGCGGAUGGCAUGCUUGGAUGCCUAUCAUCAAGUAUGAAAGAAUAUCAGAUACCGUUAUUGAGUUACCCCAAGUCAAUCCGCAUUACAGAAUGCGCAAGUACUCGUUUGUCUACGGUCUUGGCAACACGGGUAACAGCAAGAUAUGGAAUUCUAUAGUGAAAUUGGAUGUGGACAAUAGUGCAGUUGUUGCCACUUGGCAUGAGGAUAAUUGUUAUCCCAGCGAAGCACAGUUUGUACCAAAGCCUAAAGAUCAGUUAUCAGACGAAAAGGACGAACAAGAAGAUUCGGGUGUGUUGAUUAGUGUUGUGAUGGAUGCAACCAGAGAUACCUCAUUCUUGCUCGUCUUGGAUGCACAUGAUUUAUCAGUGGUUGCCAAAUCAGAAUUGAACAAGUUAAUUCCUCUCAGUUUUGGUCAUGGAUGCUAUCGACAAAGAUCUACUUAAUCAAUUGUUCCCUUUUUUAUUAUAUGCAUCUCUCACACAUAUACAAAUAAACAAUGUGUUUUUUCAUAUAAUCAUAAAUGCAUCCUACUGAAGGAGAGGGGGUAGGGAAAGGGG